GUGUGUAACAGUUGACUUUAAAUCAGGUGAGAAGCCAGUGCCAGUGUUGGACAGUACCUAGAACCCAUAUUGGGAAACACUUGAAUGAAACUAGAAAAGGGCAUGAGAACAUCAGAAAGAAACCUAGUGAGCUGGAGGCAAGUCGGGACCAAUCCAUAGUUUUUUGGGCCAUUGUACUCUUGGGGAAUGGUUCUCCAACCACAUCUGAAAGUUGCUACCAUUAAGAGUAUUUGGGAAGAGAGAUGGUGGUUUACUGGAUUUAAUCUCAGGUUAUCACAAUGGUUUGAAUCACCUCGGUUGUCCACCGCCUCUGUUGGCAGUAAUGAUCGGGCCUCCACUGCUACGCUGUCCGAUUGUUCUGACUUCACAGAUGUCCAGAGGCCCGUAAGCUUGGUCUCCACCAUCUCAUCCGGGUCUGGUUCCUCUCGGGAUGGCGUUCUCCUGUCAGGUAUCCCAUCCGCUGGUGUGCCCAUUGAAGACAAUGUGGAUCUGGAGUUAACGCCUGCUACUGAUUCAAAUGAGACUCAGGGCACUAAUCUCGCCCAAGCAUCCUGUCACUUUUUCCAGCAAAAUAGCAGCAACACUGUUAACAACAACAACAGCUCCUCCAUUUCCAACACUUUCUCUCCAUUUGCUGCCAACACCAUGGCACCCAACCCUGAGCUCACCUACUUGGACCGUGUGGUCAUGGAGAUCAUUGAGACGGAGCGGAUGUAUGUGAGAGAUCUGCGGAGUAUCGUAGAGGACUACCUUGCACACAUUAUAGACACAGGAGAUCUUCCCAUCAAGCCAGAACAGGUGUGUGCUCUAUUUGGAAACAUAGAGGACAUCUAUGAGUUUAACAGUGAGCUGCUUCAGUCACUGGACAUGUGUGACAAUGAUCCUGUGGCCAUUGCCAGAUGCUUUGUGAUCAAGCGUGAAUAUUUUGACAUCUAUACACAAUAUUGCACCAACUACCCAAACAGCGUGCAGCUCUUCAUCAAGAUGCCAUGACUCUGAUUGUACAGGCAAUCGCCUCGUUCAGAUAAUGUUGCACAAUUAAAAUGAAAAACGACACACACGGUAUCAUGUAAGUAUAAAUAAACUGUUUUAAAGUUUGAUGUUUAUUGUUGAAAUAGUUUAGUUCAAAUAAGUUCAAUUUCUUGUCAAAACUAUGUCUGUCCAUUAUUUUCUGACAGCCACGCGGAGAGAUGGGCAGGGAUUUAUAUGACGCCGCCCUCUGAAUGUAGAUACGAUGGCUGGAUUGCAUUUACAUUACAAUGAGAUCCGAUAACAAUAAGUCCGCAACUACCUCUGGGCUACACGCUGCAUUCACGCAUAACAUUCCGAUCAGAAGCGCGUUUACACUUGUCUUUUCAAUGUGUAUGUGGACAACAUCCGGAUACAGGUCACAUGUUAAUGCCAAGUGUAAACGCAGCCAUAGAGUCUCUAAUGUUCUGAAUCUGUAGGUUAUCUUUACAGUAUGUGCUGCUCAAUACUGGUGUUUGAAGCAUUAUUUAUUUACCCUGUAAACUUUAACUCAUUUAUAAAUUAUCAGAAGGUUAUUAUUUAAUGUUGUAUUUGAGUUACUCUUAUUGUUUGUAUAGUGACAUAUUUGUUAGUGUGUACUGUGCUGUUUUUUCACCAUUCAUACUCUCU